AUGUCGUCCUGUCGCUUGAGCAACUCCACCAGAAAUUGUAUUUGGAAGUUGGAGGAUAAGGGUCUCUUAGCUGCCGUCAAUCACACCAAGCACGACAUUGCUGCUGCUUCUGCACAUCACAAACGCCUAGGCAGUCUCGCAGGUCGUCUCGCAGGGUACAUCAAUCCCUCAAUCAGCACUGGCGGUACGGAAUGGAUUGCAGGUAUGGCUCCGUGGAACGCCUCACUGCAGCUAUGCCGAAUUUGUACUUAUCUCCAAAGAAACAUCUGUUUUAUCACCAAUCCUGCCUUUCUUGUCACGAGACACAUGGAAGACUUUGUCACUUCCGACCCUUCCGAGUUGAAGAGAAUCAUCAUGAACUACAACGACGACCUCGACCAAAAAAAUCGUAAGGGAUUUCCUGCUCGGUUACUCGGCACUCUCAAGCAUGAGCUUGCAUACUCUCCCAGUCCUUCAAGCUGUGCCGGAGAAUCUGGACGAUAA